AUGGAAGCGGUUCCUCCAUCCGCGGCUAUGCAGGGCGCGCCCAUGCCUACACAGCCUGAAGGCUGGGGCGAGCUGCCAUGUGAUCUGAUAAAGCGGAUUGUCAAGGAUUAUCUGUCUUGUGGAAUCGACAGACUACGCCUCUCAUGGAUCAACCCGCACUGGGGCAAGACCAUCUGCGAUAUGAAGCUGCCAGAACUGCCGUGGAUGUUCCUUCCUUCAAGCAGCACUCCGAUGUUUUUCGAACCUGUGACUCGGUGCCUGCACAAGAUCUGGCUUCCGGCUGCACUUAAGAGUGGGCGGCUGUGUGGGUCACGGGGGCCAUGGGUAUUCAUCAGUACUAAGGACCCGGAGCCACAAUUCACUCUAUACAACCUAUGCAAUGGAGAGAAGAGAGGUCGCAUUGACCUGCCGUUGACGAUACUGGACAAGCAAGGGGUGACUCGCUGCGCCAGGGUUGAGAUGGCAGCCCUCUCACUCCCCCCUUCAACCGCUGGGUACACGGUGGCUGCCGUGGUACACAUUGGCCAAUCCCUUGAUUACACCAUAGCGACGUGGGAGUUCAAGGAGGAUCACUGGACCGAGAUUGGGAGUGCAGCAGACAGGGUGCUGGACAUUUUGUUCUAUCAGGGCUCCUUCCACUUCCUCACGUCCAAUGAAGAUCUCAUCAGGCUUGUUCCGGAGGGCCCCUCCUUCAGAAUGGUGAGGUAUCAUGUUGAGUUACGCUCGAGCAAACCGCUGGAUGAUCUCUAUGAAGCUCAGGAUGGUACCAUGCUGAGGAGGUACCUGGUGGAGUCCACAGCAGGACAUCUUCUGUUUGCCGUGAAGAAGACUCAUUGUAGCAAGAGGACGGUUGAUAUCAAAGUUUUCCGUCUGUCUGUUGACGAUGCCGGCCAGGCCACAUGGGUCCACUACAAGAACACAGCGGGUGAAAUGAUUUACCUAGGUCAGGCUUCUUCCAUAUCAUGUGUCACUCAGUCUGAGCCCACUAUCCAUUUUCUUGAUGACCGUCUGGUGAAGAGCGAGGAUGAGGCGGAUCGCUACCACAGGAGGGACAUGGGAGGGUUGCGACCCCAUGUCCUCCAGGUUAGUUGGUACAGUUACCGAACACCAAACGAGGAAUCCAGGUUCAGCUAUCGAGCACCAGAUGACAUAGGAGCGACUGACGUACCAACACCGGUUUGGUGCGAGCCCCAGUCUGAUGGAUUUACCAUGUGA